AUGCGUGGACUUGUGAUAUACGCGUGUCUGUUGACGGGUCUCUUUUACUUUUCAGAAGGUAAGCCAUGUCCUGAAAAGACACGCCCACACAAGACGCGCUGCGACGCCUACUACAAGUGCAGAGAGCUGCCCUCGAUGGCGCAUGUCUGGGUGCCCAGCCAGUGCCAGGAGGGACUUGUCUAUGAGCACAAUGUGGGCAGCUGUGUGCUGCCAGGCGAGGAUUGGGAGUGCAUCACGCCCAGCGAUCUGCCGACCAAAACUGCGAGCCAAACAAGUCUAACUAGGAAGGAUGCCAAUAUACUAAUAGUUAAUAAUCAGCAGAAAGCGGGACUGUUGCUCAACGAACGAAACGAUGAUGAUGAUGUGCAAAUUGUGAUGGAUGCCACACUAAGCAGCGAGGAGCAGGAGCAAGAACAGCUGUCAAAUCCCAGUGAGGAGGACAUCAGUCAAUUCGAUUCAAGCGGCGACGGCGAGCUUGUUGAUCUGGAUGGCGCACAGAAUCGUGAGGGUGCUGGGGAAGUCAGCCACAGCACGUCAUCUACUAUGGCUACGAGCACGGAGCACAGUUCCUUGUUGCCAACUAGCCCAAGUAGUUCACUUAUUGAUCCACAGCUGACGGCGCAUUUGCAGCGUCUCUCCCAGUUGAUCGAUGGACUGCAGCAGACUUAUCAAAAGACGGACAAACCGCAAUUGGAGCUGCGCCCGGAUCAGCUGAACGCCUUUCUGGCGCACUUUGAUCUAAAGAAUCGUUAUGAUAUGCUCAAUCCACUGGGCAAUUACAAAGAGUCGCCCAUAUCCAGCACCACACCCAUGAGUAUCACUAGCACUACUACGAAGCUGCCUGAGCCGACAGCCAACAAAACGCGUCUGCAGGAGCAUCUGACCAAGCACCGCAUGCAGCCAGAGACAAAGCUAAUGCUGUCCAAUUCCCAGCCAUACUCCUCCUAUGGUCCAGGCUAUGCUAAUUCACAGAUUGUAGUGAACCGUCCUGAGGGCUCUGUCUUGUUCACACUGCCGCAGUUUCCCAAUCCCAUGAGCGCUGAGCUGCAGUCUCAAUCGCAGAUGCAGUCGCCGAGUAGUCAUAGCCAUAGUCAGGAGUUUGGUGGUGAUCAUGAGCCCAAGAUCUCAGAGGAGACGCUCAAGACUGUGCUGGAGCUGUCCAAGCAGAUGAUUGCAGCACAAAAUCUGCCCAAGGUGCUGCCAAAUCCCGCCUACAACAGCGCCUACUAUGCGCCGCCCAUACUGCAGCCAGUUAUAUUGGCGCCGCACUCCAAUCCCUACCAGCAACAAUACUAUGCCAUGCAGGGCUAUGAGCCAGCGCCGGCACACUAUGGACACCACCACAAAAACUCAGCCAGUUACCAUAACAGCAACAAAAAGCAGCCAAGCACAACAAUUAUACACAACAAUGUGAUUCCAGUGCAUUUGUCCAGCACCAGCUCGGGGGAAAAGGAAAUGCUGGAUGCCUAUGGCAACAGUCUGGGUCACUUUCCCAACCUGGACAAGCACGCUCUAAGCAGCAACAAUAAUAAUAUUGACAAUAACAAUUAUUAUAAUAAAUUCAUAGCCACAAUGACAACUGCGCGUCCCAGCAUUGCCGUGACCACCAUGAGCAGUCAGUUUGGAGCGCCAGCGCCCGCAUAUGGAGGCGAAUUUACGCUUACGACGCCACGUCCCUUUGAGCAGCAGCCCUCGCCGGCUACAGUGGCGAACUUUUACACAGCAAGUCCGCAUCUAAAUGAACAGAAUGUCAACCAAGUCUACCAGUCGGAUAGCUAUCCCACUGGCUACCCAAUGACUGUCAAUAUACAAAGACCCAUGAACAGUGGCAGUGCAGGUCUGUUUCCAGCUCAGCUGGAACCAGGUCAGGUAAAGAUACGACCCAAUGCGGAGAAAAUCGAAAGCAUGGAGAUGGACACUGACGAGAACAACAGCAACAACAAUCGGCACAAUUUACUGACCUACAGCAGCUCCAGUUCUAAUUUGCAUGGCAUGAGCCAGCAAUUAGCACCCGAGCCGUAUGUGGAACAGCAAAGCACAGCGCAGUUUAUGGUGCGUCCAACGCCAAGCGUGAGCAGCAGCAUAUAUAGCGAUGCCGCGGGCAAUGUGGGUCUGAGCAUGUUUAGCUCCACAGGCUCUGCCGGCCCUAAUCUGAAGCUGAAGCGCCCACCAGGCGCGAGUGCUGGCUUUGGUCAGCUGGUCAACUUUAAUGGCAACUUUAUCAGCCUGGAUGUGUUUCAGAAGUCCAUAAUGCCGCUGCUGACUCAAUCGCCCGCUGCGCUUUCGCAGCUCAGCAAUGUGGAGGUCAUCAGCUGCCAGGCGGGCGUGCGUCAGGCCAAUCAGACCGACUGCACGCGCUACUUUGUCUGCAGCAAAAAGGACGGCAAGGUCUUGUCCUAUGCCUGUCCACCCUACACGGGCUUCAAUCAGCAGACGCGCAUUUGCGAUGCGCAGACCUACGCGCAAUGCGGCAAUGUGCCCUCGUUUGCGGGCUACUCCAUCGAUGAGAAUCGCCGCUUGCAGCUGGAGACGCUCAAGAUGCUCAGCGAGGCCAAACGGCGACAGGAGGCGGCGCUCAAGGCUCAAAGCAUUUCCAAUUUGCUGCAGCAAUAUGGCCAAAGUCCGUCAGCAGCUUCGCCAAUGUCUGCAGAGCAGAACAUGCUCGACUCCUACAUGGUCAGCUUUCCGGAGCCGCAGAUUAUCAUCAGCACGCCGCGUCCCACGCCAGCCACGCCCACGCUAACGCCCAUAAGUCACAGCGGCAGCGGCAGCGUUAAGAAGCGCAAAUAUUACUGCAAGGAGGGCGACAAAAUCCCAGAUCAGACCUCCAUUGCCAGCUACUUUGUUUGCUACAAGAACGCGCAGGGUCAGAUGAAGGGUCAUAAGAUGACCUGCUCCAAGGGCUUGGUCUUCUGUCCCAGCACGCUGCUCUGCACGCUCGCCAGCAAAUGCAAUAGCUAA